GGUUCUAUCAUCAUAAAGUCCCAUAAAGUUCCAUUGGAAUUGGCUUCCAUUGAGUGCAAAUCGAAAUGCGUUCUUGCGGUCCGAGCUUAAUCAAAUAUGUUUUGUUUGCCUUCAAUGUGCUCUUUGCGCUCUCGGGCCUGGGCAUACUCAUUGCCGGAGCCAUUGUGCUGGCCGAUGUCAAUGAGUUCAAUCACUUUGUGGAGGGCCGAGUGAUAGCACCGCCCAUUGUGCUGAUUGUGACGGGACUGAUCAUAUUCCUGAUCGCCUCGCUGGGCUGCUUCGGCGCCAUCAAGGAGUCCCCAACGCUCCUGCUAACGUUUGCCGUUCUAUUGGCCGUCAUCUUCGUCGUUGAGCUGGCCGUGGGCAUUGCAGCCAGCGUGUUCAAGAAGGACCUGGAGACGAUGGUGAAGAACUCCCUGCAGGAGUCGAUCAAGCGCUCCAACAGCGAGGACACCAUGGCCUGGGACAACAUCCAGCGCAAGCUGAUGUGCUGCGGCGUCGACACCCCGGCGGACUGGCGGGCCAUCAGCGCGAACAAGACGCUGCCGGCCAGCUGCUGUCAGCCGCAGUUCAUUGACACAACUGUCGGACACUGCCUGGACUCGCCGGCCCUCGGCAAGGACAAGUUCUACCAGGAUGGCUGCGUGGGCAAGCUGAAGGAUCGCAUCGACAAGAACGCCAGCAUCCUCAUCGGCGUGGGCAUUGGCAUUGCCUUCAUUCAGAUUCUGGGCAUUUUUCUCGCCUGCUAUCUGGCCUCCUCCAUACGGCGGGAGCAGGCCAAGUAAUCCCCAACGCACUCCCCAUUCCUGUUCGUUUACACCUUGAUAUCUACCCUAUUGCUAACCAUCGAAGUGUACGUAGUGGCGU